AUGUCUGAAGAUCUGCGAGCGCAGGUGAUUGAGGUGUUCGGAGACAGGUCAGCGCUGGACGACAAGCUCAUCGAAGAAUGUAUCGCUAUGUGCAAGAUGUUCAAUCUCCCUCCCAAGGAGCUUUACUUCAAAUGGGAGGCCAUGAACUUCAACGCGCGCGCACGCGACUCGAGCCUGCAGACGUUCACCAUGGACGCUGCCGCGCAGCUCAAACAACAGAUCCAGCGUGAUCUUCAGGCAGAGGCGACAAAGAACCGUAUUGCGCAAGGACGCGCGAGCCUGACAGGGCGGAUUAACAGAGGGCGCGGUACUGGCUUGCUGAAUGUUGGGAGAAGAGCGGCGGGUCCCGGCGGGUCCCCGGUCAAAACCGAACCUGCGUCCGCUGUUGCUGGACCGAGUAAGGUGCGAUAUGUAGGGCCCGACAUGGACGACGCGUCCCGGAAAACACGAUCUUAUCGCUACAUGUACGAGAAGGUCCUUGAAAGGGGCAAUGUACUCGACAACAAGAUUGAUGAUUUUGCCGAGCUGGUCCAAUCACAGUACAAUAUAGCAGAACUAGGCGAUCCUUCUGAUACCAGCGGUGAAACAACCGUAGUCGGUAGAAUAGUCCUAGACUUCGAAUCUGGCUCCACUGGCGGCGUCAAAAUUAACGAGGCGUCACUCGUCUUGGAGUCAUCGCGCCUAAUGGGCUCGGGCGCACGCGUGCCCUUGCGGUUCGAGCCGAACGUCAAGAUCAGAGGCUUCGUGAAAGGUGCCGGCGGCGCUGGCCUGUUCCCCGGUGCUCUGGUUGCCCUUCGCGGAACGAACGGCGGCGGCGGGUCGUUCACCGUUUCUGAGAUCCUUGCGAAUCCUCCUCUUCCUUCGUCACGAAAGGUCAGCGUGAAGACGGAAGCAGGCGCUAACGACGGCUUUUCGAUGGCCGUCGCCAGCGGCCCUUUCACCUCCGAUGCUGACCUUAAGUACAAGCCGUGGCGAACCCUCCUCGACGCUCUGAAGCUCAGCAAACCUGCUGUCGUCCUUCUCAAUGGACCGUUCGUCGACCUCUCACAUCCACGCAUACAGGAUGGCGACAUCGACGAGUCGCCCGCACAACUGUUUGCGCGUGUCUUCGUAGAGCCGCUCAGGGAGUUCCUCGACUCUUCCCCAGGGAGCAUCGCGCUGCUCGUUCCGAGCGUGCGCGAUAUGGUCUCCGACCAUGCGGUGUUCCCGCAAGCGGAGCUCUCAUCGCACUUGUCCACCGACUCGAGGAUUCGUCUGCUUCCCAACCCGUGUCGGUUCUCAAUCAACGGUGUCUCAUUUGGCACGACCAGCGUCGACGUACUCUUCCAUCUCCGCAAGGAGGAAUUCUUGAAGCGAUGUGCAGAGGAGGUCGAUCCCAUCGGCGAGAGCGGCGCAAACGACGCGAUGGCUAACUUAUGUCGACACCUGCUCCACCAGCGGAGUUUCUACCCGAUUUUCCCGGUUCCGUUCGACAUGGCGCACGAGGUCAACCUUGACGUGUCGCAUUCGGCGCUGCUGGAGAUCAAGGACAGCGCGCCGGACGUGCUGAUCGUGCCCAGCCGACUGAAACACUUUUCGAAGGUGCUCGCCGAGGCUGGCGUGACAGCGGUCAAUCCCGCGUUCGUGAGCAAGGGCAUGUACGCCACGCUCGCCGUGGACGGUCCCGCCGCCGCCACAGGGCCUGAAGGGAUCAAGGUGAACAUCGUACGGUUGCCACAGGACGACGCCUCUACUACGAAAUAAGACCAUUCUGUCGUGUCGUUUGACCCACGGCUGUCAGUGCAGACGUGGAGCGGAGAUCGUCCGGAUCAUAAAUGUGGCUUAUUCGAGGCAGAGAGCGCACAUCUGUCAUGCCCGGAUCUGCGCCGAUGGCUGGUCCGGGUACAAGACAGUGCGUGCAGGGGCAAGUCUGCGACGGUGCCGCAUGGCACGCUCCUUCAUUGCGAUGCUUCAAGGCGAUGUGAUGGACGGUGAGAUUACGUGCGGCACGAGCGUCCGACGUUGCUGUAUGUAUACUUAUCGUAUAUAUUAUAUGCAUGUUCUACAGGCGCACUGCCUUCGUAGAUAUU